UGUUUUUCGUUAUCUCUUCUGUCUUUUGCGCUUCUUUCUCUUCAUCUCCAUGCUUGGUGGUCCUCAAAAACAUGUAAUAGAGGAUAGCACAAUGAGCAACAAAGCAUAAGAGUAAAUAUUGUGAAUACUACAGCCAUACAGCCACAAAGCCCAACAUACAAGACUGACAGCCGUAUAGCCACAAAGCCCAACAUAUCAGACUGACAGCCAUACAGCCACAAAGCCCAACAUAUCAGACUGACAGCCAUACAGCCACAAAGCCCAACAUAUCAGACUGACAGCCAUCAGCCACAAAGCCCAACAUAUCAGACUGACAGCCAUACAGCCACAAAGCCCAACAUAUCAGACUGACAGCCAGUCAGCCACAAAGCCCAACAUAUCAGACUGACAGCCGUACAGCCACAAAGCCCAAUAUAUCAGACUGACAGCCGUAUGGGCACAUAGCCCAAAAUACCAGACUGACAGUGAGGGAAAUAUAUAAACGAAUGGACAGACACAUCCCUCCCUACAUUAAAACCUGCAAUACAGAGACCAAAACUCACCAGCACUAGGAGUCAAGAAUCAGCCCGUCUCUCUGGCUGAACCGCCUUUUCCCGGCAGAAUACCGCCAAGUCUUACGCGCAUGCGUAAAAAAUAUCGUUCGAUUUUUUGCCAGUCCGAGUUUGAAUCUUGCCAUGCAGAGAGAAGGAAGAAGACUCGAUCUCUCCGGGAGUGGAAGAGCCUUCGUGAACAUGCAGGAGGCUGUUGCCGGAUUACUCGCCCGUGCAAGCCGAGCGUGAGCCCCUCGCGGAACGUCUCCUUGGGGUUCUCCUGUGCCGGUCCAGGAGGCAACCCCUGAUAGAUUUUGCUGUCACAGCAUGACAACUUCGCCCUAGGUGACUGACAACACAGUACGAUAAUUGCAGCAGCAGUGUGUUUAAACAAAGGCAAAACGACGACGAAGAGGGAGAAGAAGAUGGGCGUGCUGAUUUUAUGGUGAAAAAGCUUCACUGGAGGAGUGAGAGGGUGUCCAGCUUUUUUUAACGACUCGACACUGCCCGUGCAUCCCGAAAGACCGAACAACCAAGUCGUCAAACACAGCCACGCAUAUACAGUGAUUCAAUCUCAUCAAGACCUGCUCCCCUUGGGUUUCCCAGCUGGGCAGUGAUCCAGCAGUGAACAUACUGAACAAUGGAUAAUUUCAUUCUUUUGUUAAUCAUGUGAAUUGACAGGGAUAUGUGAUGCGCAAGAUGAUCUGAUAGAUCAUGAGCACAUUUGGGGAUAGUCUUAAAGAUAUGUGAUGUGCAAAGUUAUUAUAGGUGGUCUGCAUUAGAUAUAAAAGGUCAAGGU